AUGGAUAAAUACAGAGAAAACAGAGACAAACACUCCAGAGAUUUUAGAGAUACAAGAGAUUCCAGUGUUUCCAUAGAUGCCGAGCAGCCAGAGAUGUCAGAGAAGCCAGAUAUUCCAGAGAUGCUAGAGAGGCCAGUUAUUCCAGAGAUUUUAGAGAUGCAAGAGGUUCCAGUAUUUCCAGAGAUGCCAGAGCAGCCAGAGAUGCCAGAGAAGCCAGAUAUUCGAGAGAUUCUAAAGAUGUUAGAGAAGCCAGUUAUUCCAGAGACGACAGUUAUUCCAGAGAUUCAAGAAAUGGAAGAGAUUCCAGUAUUUCCACAAAUGCCAGAGAAGCCAGAUAUUUCGGAGAUUCCAGAGAAACCAGUUAUUCCAGAGAUUAAAAAGAUGCCAGAGAAUCCAGAGAUGUCAGAGAAGCCAGAUAUUCCAGAGAUUCAAGAGAUGUUAGAGAAUCCAGAGAUGUCAAAGAAGCCAGAUAUUCCAGAGAUUCCAGAGAUGCCAGAGAUGCCAGAGAAGUCAGUUAUUCCAGAGAUUACAGAUAUUUCAGAGCUUCCAGGGAUACCAGAGAUACCAGAGAUACCAGAGAUACCAGAGAUACCAGAGAUACCAGAGAUACCAGAGAUACCAGAGAUACCAGAGAUACCAGAGAUACCAGAGAUACCAGAGAUACCAGAGAUACCAGAGAUACCAGAGAUACCAGAGAUACCAGAGAUACCAGAGAUACCAGAGAUACCAGAGAUACCAGAGAUACCAGAGAUACCAGAGAUACCAGAUAUACCAGAGAUAACAGAGAUUGCAGAGAACAAAAUUCCGGAACAAGGCAAUCGACAAGAAGGAAGACGGGAAAGCAUCAACUACAGUUCCGAUCAUUUAAACUAA